GCUACUGAGCGAGACGCGUCAUGUGAUUGGGCUCAGGCGCCACUAUCGGAGCCAAUCAGAGGUGCAUCGGGCGGCGGCGCAGACGACUUCAGUUCCGUGCUGAUCACAUUACCCAUAACCCCCAGCAGUCACGGCAAACAUGGAGCAGUACACCACCACCACGACAGCUAGUGGAGAGCAGAUUGUGUUGCAGGCCAGCAGCGGACAGAUCCAACAACAGGGCACAGUGACUGCGGUGCAGUUGCAGACUGAGCCUCAGGUAGGCCAGACUGCGGCCCAGCAGGUCCUUCAGGUUCAAGGGCAGCCUCUUAUGGUUCAAGUCAGCGGGGGUCAGCUCAUCACUUCUUCUGGGCAGCCCAUAAUGGUGCAGGCCAUGACAGGAGGACAUGGUCAAACCUUCAUGCAAGUACCAGUAUCUGGUACACAGGGGUUGCAGCAGAUUCAGCUGGUACAACCCAGUCAAAUCCAGCUUCCCGGUGGACAGACUUUACAGCUACAGGGUCAGCAGGGACAGACCCAACAAAUCAUCAUUCAACAGCCACAGACUGCCGUCACUGCAGGACAGAACCAGGGUCAGCAGCAAAUCACUCUGCAGGGUCAGCAGUUAGCACAAACUGCUGAAGGACAGACCAUCGUUUACCAGCCUGUUAAUGCGGACGGGACCAUCCUACAGCAGGGAAUGAUCACUAUUCCAGCUGCAUCUUUAGCAGGAGCUCAGUUAGUCUCAGCUGGAUCCAACACAAACACCACCAACACGGGUCAGGGCACAGUGACGGUCACUCUUCCCAUGGCAGGAAACAUGGUCAAUGCUGGAGGAAUGGUCAUGAUGGUCCCAGGGGCUGGCGGGUCGGUUCCCACCAUGCAGCGCAUUCCUCUUCCUGGAGCAGAGAUGCUGGAAGAGGAACCUCUGUACGUCAACGCUAAACAGUAUCACAGGAUCCUCAAGAGAAGACAAGCCCGUGCCAAACUAGAAGCUGAGGGCAAAAUACCCAAAGAGAGAAGAAAAUACCUGCAUGAGUCCCGUCAUCGUCACGCCAUGGCCAGAAAGCGCGGAGACGGUGGACGCUUCUUCUCUCCGAAGGAAAAGGAAGAAAUGGCCAUGCAGGCCCUUAAGAAAUCUGAGCAGGAUCAAUCUGAAGAGGACACAGUGGGCCACAUGAUUCAGGACUGUUUCCAGCUGCGUCUUCCACGUCUGUUGUUCCUCAUCGUCCUCUCCAUCCCCUGCAUCCCUCAGGUCGAUCUCAGUUUCCCUUGCGUCCAUACUCCGCGUCAUGGUGCCCGUCAUCAAUAUAAAGGUUGUAAGGUCAUAAAGCGGCUCAUCAACAGCAUCAAAACAUGCAUAAACCGUUUCACACACUCUCACACAUAUAAACUGUGAAUGGAGAGCUGGAGUGCUGUCUUGAAGCUGAAACGGAUAUGGGAUAUAUUAGGAAAGUGACCGUGCCCUAACAGGCAUUCCCAAACAGGCCCCUAUGGGAAGAUACCAGCCCCCACUGAUGCAU